CUGCGUUCACAUAAACGAAUCUUACAGACAUUGAUCAAGCUGGCCGCUGGGAAGACCGAUGCGCUCAUCCAGGCGCUGAUCAUUGUCGGUGGCGAGCGUUCCAUCUGUGGCGGUCUAGCGGCGCGUCGUAAUAUUGAAAUGAUCGCGGCAGCAGAAUUCCAGAAUCUUGUUCAACACAAGCUUUUCGGCUACAUUCCACCGAUUGUUUUCGGAAAUAUCAUUGCAAGGUAUCAGCAGCACCAGACUAAAAUUCUCUAA